AUGGCGCCACAAGAGCUCAACAUGCUCCCUUGGCCCGUGCACUCAGCUGGGGCGGCCUUUGGGGAGAUACGAGCAAAGGGCACACGACACAGCGUCAAUCUUCUUUCGACAACCUGCUUAUCCAGCACCUCGCUCAUCGGCAGGAUUGGACUGACCCUCGCCAUUGUUAAAGGCACCGAAACAGCAUUCGAUUUGCCGUUUCUGAACAGCGUGAAGUACACAUCAACCGCUCAAGCCAGCACAGCAGCUGCAGCUCCCUCGCCCGAUCGCCGAGAUAGGGAGAAUAGCGAGAAGGGACCUCAACACCACUAUCAAGCCUUUGCCGUCUUGCUCCGCAACAGCAACCUAUAA